GUUUGAGGCACACCGGAUCUACAUGGGUGUCUGGAGGAUAUUGUGAGGUUUACCAAUGAUGUAAAGAAGGAUUGCCUUUUAUUUCGUUAUUUUUGUUUUGUUUCACAGAGCUCUGUAUAUACAUUUUAUUCGCUUGGAGUACCUUUUUUAUACAGGCAAUGUUAUUGACUUGAUGGUGGAUCCAGUUAAACUUUUCCUCGCUAUCCGACAUUGCUCAAUGCAUCCUUUUUUAGACCGACGAUUUUAUGGACUUCUGUAUUAGCUAAUGAUGUCUAUGGGUUUCAUGCCUGAUAGUUUGAAUGCUUCAGACCCCUCCAAAUCGGCCUUUUUCGAGUUUGGGCACGGGCACCCUGCGCACCAGCAACAUUCCCAAGGACUCUCUCACAUCUACCCUGUUAAUGGCUUACAAUCUGCCGGACACUCUCAACACUGUCUUCCCUUCUCCCGCAGCGCUUCCUCCUAUGGCCGCUCCCUGGGCUACGCCUACCCCAGAGCGGUGAACACUCAUCAACCAAGUGCCUACAUGUCCUACCAGCACAACAAUCACAGUUUGGCGCACUCCAGAUUAGAGGAGACAGGUACGUGUAAUAUCAAUAUCUGGCUGUUCCUCACAGCUCUAAGCCUAUCAUACUAUUUUUUUUAAAGUGUGCAAUGGGCAAAUUGAGCAUAAAAGGAUUAUGGAUUGUAUGGAACUGUGCUUUAAAAUGUAGGCCUAUUGCAAUUGUAGGCUAUAUAUUAUCAGAUGUAGGCUGCAUUAUCAGACAGUUCUUUGUAGGCUACGGUGGGCCUAUACCUCAGAUGUACAUGCAUAAUAGCUGUGAGUCUGUACAUCUUUGUUGAUUUUUAAAAAAUGGCAAAAGAUUGUCCUAAUCAAAUUUGGGCUUAAAGGCAAUACAUUCAAAAGCAAUUUACAGUCAGUGCUACGGUAAUCAAAAUGUUUUCCAACUUGGAAUGCAUGUCAGGCAUUUUGGGGUUAUCUUUACUACUCAUGUUCCAUAAUGAACACAGAUGGUGUCAUUCAUUUUAUUAACCAUAAUUUUCUGUGGGUUAGCGCGAUUAUGCAAGAGUACCUCAGAAACAGUCGUUUACUCCAAUUAUUAGUCCAGAUUAACAAAACAAUUUCAGAAAAUAAGAACCAUGUCAUCCAUGCACAGCACUAUGGGUGUGUCUAUUUAUUGUGGCAUUUUCAUAGGAGAUAGCCUGACAUUUGGACAUGCAGCCUGAAUUCCAGGCCGUGAAUUUCAAGUAGCCUAGAACUCUCAAAAUGAAUAAGUGCCGCGCAUAGGCUUUGAACAAAAGAAGAAUAGCCUAUAUUAUGAAAUUGAAUAGGUCUGAAACCACAUACCUGUUGUGCAGGUGGGCUUUUAUAUCUUACAUAGAUACUAGGCCUUCUCGUGAAUUUGUUUCGUAGGCUAUAGGCAAUGGGUUUUGCUUACAUUUAAAAUGGACCAUUUCAGACUAGACUAUAUAAACAAUUAACUUCAGAGUCCCUGGGAUAUAAAAAUCCGUCUUCCUCACUUGAGUCCUCAUGAUAUGUUUGAAAUAGCCUAGGAUCUCAUUUUACGAUAAUACGAGUUGCCUAUCCAAGUUCAAGCAUGCGAUAUCAACUCUCAUGUAGGCCUAAAUCGUAUAUUAUCUUCUGCCCUGAUGUAAAGUGGAAAGUUGUAAAUCAAAGUGAAUGUAGGCUACGACAGAUUAGGCUACACCAGAUUAGGCUACUGUUCAGCGCAGUUUGACUGAAAUUCUCUAUUCUAUCCACAGACCAUGAGAAGUCUACAGUGAUUGAGAACGGGGAAAUUCGUCUGAAUGGUAAAGGAAAGAAAAUACGUAAACCUCGGACCAUCUACUCCAGUCUUCAACUACAGGCGCUUCAGCAGAGGUUUCAGCAGACCCAGUACCUGGCCUUACCCGAGCGCGCGGAUUUGGCAGCAAAAUUAGGGCUGACCCAAACACAGGUGGGCUAAAUUAAAUUGGACAUAAUAGCCAUCAACAGUAGGAAAUGUGAUUUUAAAACUAUAUCUGAUUUCAAACUAUAUCUAAUUACCAAAUUAUAGUAAAUUAUUUGCGCAGUGUUUUAUUUCUGUGUUAUAUAGUCAGCCUAAUUUACAUUAGAUUAAGUAGGCCUAAGAAACCAAAUAGUUUAUAACAAUUCGAGUGGAGUGCAGACAAGUUACAUAGGUACAAAACACCUCAUUAAUGGUUUUAAAUAUACAUUGUAUUUAUUUCACUUUUUCCCUAUUAAUUUCAAUCUUGUAAUAUCAAAUUAGGUCAAAUUUGCUUCAAGUAUAAUUAAAGAUCCAAAGGCCUCACAUACCUUACUGCGAGACUGGACUAUUUGUGAAUUUGUGCACAGAUCAAAUUACUAGUCUUGUUGACAGAAGUGACAGAGAAUUAAAUAUUAUGCAAAGCUGUUUGUGGUUGAUUGAAGAAAAACACAAAACAACCUUCCCCCUUGGUUGUAUGGGGAGGGUUUACAUAGAUCACAGAUCUGUGGGUAUUAUUGUGGCUUUCUGCACUGCUCAAGACCAAAUGAAAAGGCUAAUUGAGAGCUUUGUUAAGUCAAUUUCUUAAUGCAGCUUUAUUCUCAGUCUUAUUGUCCAUUGUGGCUAAAACAUUCUCUGAGAGCUCUCUGUGACUUAAAGCAAACAUAGCUCAAUUGCAAUAUUGCAAGUACAAAUUGGACAGAAAUACAUGCUGCCACUCUAAUGUAUGGGCCUAUGUGUUGUCUUUAUAAACAACAGUGCCUAAUUACCAACAAUCUUUUGGUCAAAGUAAUGUUAAAGCAGACUUAUACAUUACCGCAGAAAUGGGCAUAGAACAAUACAAUGAAGGCUGUGGGCACAGGCACGCACACACACACACACACACACACACACACACACACACACACACACACACACACACACACACACACAAGUUUACAGAUUAUAACUGGAAAAAAAUUGGACAAGUAGGCCAUCCUAAGUCUUUGUUGGCAUUAUUCAUUUAUGUCAGGUAAAAUUAUGAAAUCUAAGGGUGAAAUAGAGAUUAUGGCAACAAUUUCCCUUGGAUCUGUAAACAUAAUGGAAAGCACUUAAACAGGUGGUGAGCAUAAUGUUUGGGGCUAACAUCUCACCAUGCACAUCUGUCUUUUAUGGAAUACAUUUUCAAGCCUUUAAACAUUGUUUUUCUCAAUAUAGUUUAGUUAUAUUGUAUAUGCAGCACUUCUAUUCAAGAUCUAAAAUCAAUAACAUUAAUAUGUUUUUAAAUGAUAGGCAAUCCCUGGUUAACUGAGUUAAAUUGUCAUUUAAAACACUCCCUGGCAAAAUCUCUGAAGCACACCAUCCUAUCUGAGUCUGAUUUGGCUUUGUGUCCUGUUGCAAUGUAUGAGAACGGUUUGACCAUGACCACGUCGGGCUCUGUGGCUUUUUAUGAAUAUUUUAUUCAGUCCUAAAAUCGAUCAGAAUAGCAUCUUGUUCUGACUAAGCAGAAUACAUCAUACAUAGAAAUGUAUCUGACUUCCCCUCCUUGUUUACAGUGUUAUAUUCAAGCUCGCCGGGGCUAUUUUAUUUUACUAUAUUUUUAGCAUGGGAUUGUUGUUGUCAGACUCAUGCAUCAUUGGCCUCAUAAAAUGUUGAACAAUGGGGGAACUAGCAUUUAAUGAACUAGUGAAGUGUCGCUCAUCCAUUUUGCUUAAUUGCAAAAGGCCUAAUGGUUCUGGAUCCAUGCACUGACUGGCAAAGUCAAAGAAAUGUGUUAAAAUUACAAGAAGUUUAAGAACGAAUGCCAUUUUCCGGGCCAUUUUCCUUUAAACGUAUAAAAUUGUCCCAAUUUUCAAUGUAAUUUCGAAAUUAUAAAUGUGAAUAUGACAAGCCAUUACGAGCUUGCAAGCCAUUACGAAUGUAAAUCAUUUCUAUUGUGUGGGAGAUAAUUGUUUAAUGAUUGUGGUGGUGGUGGAGAGAGGAAUGUGAUCGCAUACUCUGUAAUGUGUUGCUUUCCCCUCAUAUUUUCCCUUUCUAAACAUCUAUUUUAUCUUUUUAGAUUAAAAUAUGGUUUCAAAACAAGCGCUCAAAAUAUAAGAAGAUAAUGAAGCAUGGCAGCAGACCUGAGGGGGAACAUCUCCACAGUACGUCUAUUUCUCCCUGUUCACCCGGGAUGCCCCAACAUUGGGAGGUGUCAAUGGCAAACAAAGGGACCCCUAUGCACCCCAACAAUUACAUGAACAAUUUUGGUCACUGGUACCCAAACCAUCUCCAGGAUCCUAUGUCCAGACCUCAAAUGAUGUGAGCGGACCAUCUCAACACACUGCAGGGUGCUGUAAAACUCACCCGGCCAUUUCAAACUUUUCAAGGGCCUUAAGGCUAUAGCUGCCUACCCCACACCCGAACGCGUUUCAUCUAGCUUAUCAAGUUUGAAUUGUGUGUAAACGUGUGUUAAAUGUAAAUUGUGUAUUUUUUCUUUCAUUGCAAUGUAGCCUAUGUUUUUGGAUGACGAUUUGUAUGUAUGGUUAGCUUAUGUCUUGUGUCCACUUUACGCAAUGUUCUUUAGUUUGGAACGGCUUUGGUGAGAAUUGUGCUGGCAGGUGGCAACAUGCUUAUGGUUUGAUUCCAGCAAGGUACAUGCACCUGAAUAUGUGUGUCAAUUCGUUAUGACCGUUUUAUUGAUGUGAUUAACAGGAGUGUCCCAGACAGUCCAUGUUUGGAUAGCCUCGUCUCAGCAAAUAUGAAUUUAUUGUGCAAAUACAUGUCAGAAUUGUUUGAUAUAAUCUGAUGGAUUUCAGCAUCAAUUAUUGUGAAGGUGUCAAUAGUUUUUGAUAAUUUUAAAGUGAUUUGUUUGACAUACAGUGCCUUCAGAAAG